CUUUGACUUACUCCACUUUUAUUUUGGUAGAAAAUGCGACGUUUUGCCGUAACCGGAAACUCGCCACCGGAAGUCUAUUUGUUGUUAUCUUCAAGGAGCUGCUUGAGUCUGGUCUUCUUCCCUCCUUCGUUUACGUCAUUGUUCACAGUGCAAUGAGGAAAUCUUCUGCACACCAUGGGAGUCUGUGACAUAUUGUCGAGGAUACGCGCUGUAACUGUUAUAUUUUAUUGCUGUCCUCCUCCAGUGGUGACAGCUUUUCAGCUGAAAAGUAUUUACUGUACAAUAUCCGAUAGCUGCGACUGUGAUUUUAAGCCAGAUGUACAAGGGCUGGAGUGGGAUCUUUACAAGAACCUGUAUGGGCAGCACCUGGCACAGGAAGUGGUGUCAGAAGCUGUGGCAGAUUUUUUGAAGAAGGAGAGUCCUGACAUACCACUGGUGAUGUCUUUUCAUGGGGCUUCUGGCACAGGCAAGACGCUAGUCAGCUCCAUGCUGGGCAGACACCUGUAUGGUGCUGCAAUGGGCAGCCCCUACAUCCACCAGUUCAUCCCAACCCUACACUUCCCCCUGCCUGACCGGGUGAAGCGAUAUAGGUCUGAGCUCAAAACCUGGGUGGAGGGAAAUCUGACGACCUGUAAACACUCCAUAUUCAUCUUUGAUGAGAUGGAGACAAUGCCUCCUGGUGUGAUUGAUGUACUAGCUCCAUUCCUGGGUCCCUCUCAUGUUGUAUUCCAGACUAACUACCGCAAGGCCAUUUACAUCUUCAUCAGCACUACUGGGGAGGAUAUCAUAAACAAACUUACCUUGGAGACGAGGCAUGCAGGGAAGGAACGAGAGGAUAUCCAGCUUCUGGACCUGGAGGCCGCCCUAUCGCAGGCUGUGUUUAACAACAAGAACAGUGGGUUCUUCCGAUCAAAGAUCAUUUCUGAUAAAUCGAUCACUUACUUCGUGCCCUUCCUGCCACUGAACCGACGCCAUGUGGAGCGCUGUGCCCGCCGGGAGCUGUGCCAACGUGGCGAAUGCCAGCGCAGGGAUGUGAUUGAGGCAGUGGGGAGCGCAAUGACCUACACGCCUCAGCUCUUCUCUAGUACUGGCUGCAAGUCAGUCCCAGCCAAAGUCAACCUCUUCCUGUGAGUAAUACAGGGAAGACUCCUCUGUAAUAUUAAGUUAUAGCAGUGGCAUCCACUGGAUAUCCAUCAGUUUGGGGUUGUGAUUCCAACCCAGCUCCUAAUUACUUAAACGGACCCUUUGAUUGAGAGGGAACUAGAAUCACCUGUUUUUUAAGUGUCACUGCCAUUCACCUGUUGGUUAAAGGGUAGGGAUAUCUGCAACCUUUAAGACUGUGGAAGUCCAGGGCAAGGAGUGGCCAGAUUUUAGUCCACACAGGUGUGGACAGGCCAUUUGGAACUUCUGUGCACCUCACAAACACCCUGUACAAAGAUCAGGUAUGCUCUGAGACUAACAGGACAAUAAAGUUGAAUUGUAACGCCCCACAGUUCUAUAUUUCUCUUUAUUUUAUCCCAUAAAAAUGCUAUGAAAUGGGAUACAGCUGGGGCAGUUCAGAUUCAAUUAAUAUUUUGGCCAAGGUGAGCAAUGCAGUUUCAAUGAAUGUUUGAAAGCAUUUGUUGAUGCUGUCUGUCUGAUGCUGGCCAUAGGGAUUUUUGAGAGAACUGUGCAUCAGGUUUAAGAGAUUCCUUAACAUCUCAUAGCAGGCAUGGUCUUCACUAGAGUGUGGUCAUGCACAACCGUCAUUCAUUCUUUUCCAGAGAGGGCUCAUCGUGCCACCUAUCUCUGUUAGUCAGAAACAUUUUCAGACAUUUCAAGGUGCUUCAUUUCACAUUUUAACUUUGUAUAAAGUUUAAAUUUGUAAAACACAAUUUACUCAUGACUCAAAAUUUUAAGGAGCAUGUAUACUAUAAUCUUGUGCAAUAUCUAAACUUGGCCAGAUGCAGUUUUAUCUCAGUGUUGCUGGGGGGAUUUGUUGUUUACCUUUCCUCCAAGUGUAUCUUUUCCCAUGCCAGCACUGGAUUGAUACGGUACUCAACAUAGCAAAGAACUAGGUAAAAAGUAGGUAAGAAGUAUUUUUUCUAAGGGUAUGCAUUGAGGAAUUGGGAUGGUUUGUUUGCACAUUGUGGCACACACCUUUAUCCAUAACUUUAUCAUAUAAGUACUUUUUAAUUUUUUUGUUUGUAUAGCUUUUCUGCCUUGACUGGAAAAAGGUAUGCAUAGGUUUAUUACAUUGCUCCCUCUCAGUUCCUUUUAUAUUGCUCAUUUGCAUGGCAUGACUCAAGUGGAAAAAAUGGACCAUUUUCCACCAUAUAGAAACUACAAUCAGUGUUGGUGUAAGA